CAAUUCAGCCGGUUUGGACCGGGUCCGUGUCCGCGCCCUGUCACCGUUUACUUUCACUUUUUCACUCGGGACUUUCCAGGCCAGGGGAAGGUUUAUUGAGUAGCAAUGGAUGCUAAUCUGAAUAUUCAUCUUAACAGAGAGUCAGUCAACAUUGUAAAAAAAUGUGGAGAUGCUCUUUGUAAAGUCCUUUACGAUAAAUUUGGAUGCGUGGCCACCAUUAAUGGUGUGGAGAUGGAGAAUGAGAGCAGGACUUCAUAUCAGAGACAACCAUCACCCAUUUCUCCAGAGAAAAGAUGGGAAUUCAGGCUGCGUUCAGGUGUAAAGAUCUCUGUGUGGAAGGCUGAUCUCACCAAUUUCAGUGCUGAUGCUGUUGUAAAUGCUGCUAACAAAUAUCUACAGCACUAUGGAGGCCUUGCUCAGGCUCUGUCCACUGCUGGUGGUCCUCAAAUCCAAAAGGAAAGUGCUGAUUAUGUUCAAAAGUAUGGAAAUUUAAAAACAGGGGAGGCAGUUGUGUUUGAUGCAGGGUCACUACCAUACAAUAAGAUCAUUCAUGCUGUGGGUCCAGAGUUGGACAAACAUCAUUCCCACUCUGAUUUUAAUAAAGCUGAGUCUUUGUUGGUGAAAGCCAUCUGUAGCAUUCUCAACAAAGUAGAAGAAUAUCAUCUGAAGAGUGUUGCCAUUCCUGCCAUAAGCUCCGGAUUGUUCCACUACCCACUGAGAGACUGUGCGGACACCAUAGCGUCAACUGUAAAACGCUAUUAUGACAACCUGCACCAUCAGAACCAUCGUCCCAAAGAAAUCUUCCUUGUCAACCACGAUGAGCCCACAGUAAAGGAAAUGGAGAGAGCAUGCCGUCAUAUAUUCGACCCUCAGCAGCACCAAACUUACAGCCAGGCGGCAGCAGGAAAUAGCAGAGGUGCUGCCAAUACCCCUACACCAUCAUUCCAGAUGGGAAACGUCCGUCUGACGCUGAAGAAGGGUAAAAUUGAAGAAGAACGGACGGAUGUUAUUGUUAACACUGCAUCAGUCGACAGAAACCUAAGCAUUGGUAAAAUUUCCAACGCUAUAUUGCAAAAAGCAGGUUAUGAGAUUCAAAAUGAAAUAAGCAGAGCUGUCUUGAAGGGCAGUAUCAUCCACACACGAUCUUACCAACUGCAGUGCAAAGAGGUGUUUCACACUUUUUGCCCUGAAAAAGGAAAUGAUCCAGCAGCAGAUCAGAAGCUUUACUUUUCUGUGUAUGAGUGCUUAAUGAUGGCUGUCGGACGUCGUUACGUCUCAAUCACCUUUCCUGCUAUCGGCACCGGAGCCCUUGGGUUUAGUAAAGCAGAAUCUGCCUCAAUCAUGUUGAGUGCAGUCUAUAACUUUGCCCAUACCUGUUCAACUCUGCUGGAGGUUUACUUGGUCAUAUUUCCUUCUGACCAUGAAACAUUCCAGGCUUUUCAGAGAGAAAUGGGACUUUUACAGCAACGCUUAGCGUCUUUCAGCGUUCCCCUCGGUGCAGAAGGGAAACCUGGACAUCAACCUCACCAGCAUCACUCAGCCCAUUCUGGGGAAUCCCAAUGGUAUCCCAGUCCAGAGGCACAUGGGCCUAAAGACGAGUCCCACACCAGCAGAGCUCUGACCCCACAGAUCAGCCUGGAUGGUCCUUCUGAGGAAUCAAAAUAUGAGGCUCAGAAGUGGCUAAAGGACCUUCUCUCUAUGGAUUCCCACGCCAUCAAAAUCUACAACAACUUCAUCUCGCACUUCAGCGACACAGACCAUCUGCGGCUGUCCCGUUUCGCUGAAAAAGGGUUGUUCAUUGAGGAGUUUUUCACACAAGGUCAUGCAUGCAUAGAAAUAAACGGGGAGAAGGAAAAUGCUGCUGUUGCUGCUGUGAAGGUGGAGGCCAUGCUCUGCAAAGUCCAAAAAGAUUUCAUCUCAGAGGAAGAAUGUGAACUGCAGGUUCUGGUUGACACAGAGCCGGCCCCUAAAAGACAGACCGUCAGGCGGUCAAGCAGAGAAUUUACCAAGCGAGCCGAUGCUUUCUCUGGACACGGGUUAAAAGUUAAAAAGGUGGAAGAAGUUGAGAACCGUGCUCUGAAGAAGAUGUUUGAACUAAAGAAAAAACAGCUUGACUGCUUCAAGUCUGAAACAAUGUUUCAACGAAUCCCAGCACAGUUCUGUGAGAUGAUCAGUCGAAUCGGAUUCCAGGCUGAGUGUGCGCCGCCUGAAGAUCCAAAGUAUGGAGAGGGCAUCUACUUUACAUCCAACAUAAAGAGGGCCCUGGACCUGUGGCGGGACCAAAGAGAAAAGUACCUGUACUUUGUUGAGGCCGAAGUGCUGACAGGAGCGUCGGCUCCUGGGAGCCCAGGCCUCCUUUUGCCUCCAGUUAAAUGUGACAGCGUCCACGGAGGCUCUGACGUCUCCGUUAUCUUCAGCGGUUAUCAAGCUUUGCCCAAGUACAUUAUCACCUGUGAGAAGGUUGAAAGUGUUUCCCUUCAUCAGAGGAAGGAUUUUACUACUUUCAGCCAUGGUUCAGUUUAAGAAACACAAUGUUGUCCAAAAAUAAACCUGCAGGAAAGUUUCCCUCAGACCUUCAUUCAUACAGAUGGUGUCUUCAUUUUGACCCCCAUAGAAAUGAGUUGAGUUUAGAACAAAAAAGAAACUAAAGUCAUUUAACCCGUUAGAAGAUACUCUUUAUAUUAUUAUGAGCAGAGGAAAUAUAACAGUAGUGUAGUUCUAUCUUUGUUUAUAACCACCAAGCACCACUGAGAAAAUGAACUGAUGCCUCAUAAAACAUAUCACGAUUUCUUGUAAAUCAAUAACUAGAAUGUUGCUCUUCUGUCUUUUGCUCAUUGUGAUUAAAAUGCUGGCAUUAUUAUUGUUUUAUAAUUCCUCUGAUAAUUUUUUUUUAUUGGGGAGUAGAUUAGUGUAUAGCAACAAAAGUAAUCACUUGUGUUCCAAUGGAAGUGUUGAAUAGGUUGUUCAAUCAGAAACAUGAUAUUUGGGUCAUGAAAACAUUAAAUCUGAAAAUGUAUCAGUAUCUCUGAUUUCUUAUUGUAAAUCUAGCAUCUUUGUUCAGUAGAAACAUAAGCUACAUGUAGGUGGGUUGCAGCUUAUCUGCUGGUUUAUUCCUGGGAUCUUUGUCUAAGUUUGUAUCAGAAAGCAUCAAAACGGGGGAAAAAAUCAAUGUAUGUGCAGGAAGGUGACUGGCUGUGAUUCACAAUGAUCCAUAAUAAAGGAAGUUUAAACCAAA